CCGCCCUCCUUGCCGCCGCCCUCUCUGCCGCCCCGCUUGCCAUCUCGCUUGCCGUCCUGCCUGCCGCUGUCCUCUCCACCGCUACACUCUCGCCUCGCCGACAUGUCUGGCAGCACGCUUGCCCACUCCGAGGGCACUCCGGCCGUCGUUACGGACGCCAUCCCGCUCGACGCCCCACUCAGUGCGGAUUUGACCAGAGCGCUCGAGCCGCCGACUGCGCUACCGGCGGCGAGCAGGUGGGAGUGGUUUGGCGGUGAGGGCGGCGGCGGUGGCACGAUGCGCUGCGGGUGGACGGGCUUGGUCUUGUACAGUAUCGCUGAGGCGGGAGAGAGGGAGAAGGACGGCGUGGCGGCGUGCGAGGACGCCGAGGAGGGCGCGGGAGAGCUCGGAACACCGAUCGCGCCCGCACUGCGGUGGCGGGUAUCGCUCCCACGACCUCCGGGUUAGCAAGGCACAGAAAGCCAGCCACACACGGCUGGGGCCAGUAAGCUAGUAGCGAGUAAGCUAGUAGCGAGUAAGCUAGGGAUCCAGAGCUGUGGACGCACUGCUCUGGCGAGAUGGCCAUGUCGGUACUUACUUACUUACUUGCUUACUGACUCACUU